GGUUGACGGCGGGCGUACAGGGAAGGACGGCGCGGCUAGCAACUGCGGCGACGGUGCGGCGGCCGGCCGCCAGGGGCGCCGCUGGCGGGCUGAUGAGGAACACGUGCGGCAGACGCCUGCAGACGCGCGAGCGGGCAGCCACGAUGCAGCCCGAGGAACAGCCGGGCACGGACGACGCCGUGUUCGAGUCCAUCAUGGCGCAGGUGGGCUCGCGGGGCCGCUUCCAGCGCCGCUACAACAUAGUCUUCAACAUGCUGUUCAUCGCGCUCGUGUCCAUGCCGUACUACAACUUCGUGAUGGCGCUGGCCAUCCCCGACCACUGGUGCCGCGUGCCGGGCCGCGGCGCUACCAACCUGACGGCGGAGCAGUGGCGAGACCUCACCGUGCCCAGGGAGGAGGGCCCGCCCCCGUACAGCCAGUGCUCCAUGUACAACACCAGCCACGAGGAGCGAGCCGCCUGGCUGCUCGCCGGGACACACAACGGCAGUGGUCUGCAGGUCGUGCCGUGCCAGCACGGCUGGGAGUACGACCGCACGUGGUACGCGCAGACGGCGCCCUCGCAACACGACUGGGUGUGCGACCAGGAGCUGGUGGUCGCCAACCUCUACACAUUUGACCGCCUGGGGGAAAUCGCCGGCAACUUCGUCAUGGGGCAGCUGGGCGACAGGUUCGGGCGUCGGCCGAUACUGUUCGGCUGCCUAGCACUGCUCAUUACCACGCGACUGGCGAGCGGGCUCAGCUCGGGCAACCACGCGCUCUUCCUGGCGGCCACGCUGGUGGGCUCUGUGCCCAGCUCCACCGUUUUCCAGACACCGCUCAUCCUGGGGAUCGAGAUCUCGGCGAUGGACCAGCGCUCCAUGAUCGCGCUGCUGCAGGCAUGCGGCUGGACGGCCGGCAUGUGCCUCAUGCCGCUGGUGUUCUGGGCGCUGUCCGGCGAGUGGACCAGCUUCAUGGUCGUCACCACGCUGCCCUGCGCCAUCUACCUGCUCGCCUUCAGGUGGUUCCCCGAGUCGCCGCGGUGGCUGGCCUCCACGGGCAGGAUCUCCGCCUGCGUCGAGGCCAUCCGCGCCAUGGCGCGCACCAACGGCACCCACGUGUCGGAGGCGGCGCUGGCCAAGCUGCGCACGCUCUCCAAGGCCCGCAGCGACAGCCACAGCCUACUCGCGCUCUUCUCCAGCUGGCGACUGGCCAAGAACUCCGUGCUCGUCAUCCUGAACUGGACUGUGGGAGAGUUGAUGUACUACAUCCUGACCACCAACGUGACCAACAUCUCGGGCAACCCCUUCACCAACUUCUUCUGGCAGUCCCUGGUAGAGCUGCCAGGCUGUGUGUUGGGGCGGAUACUCAGCGAGAAGCUGGGUCGUCGCUGGACGCAGGCCGGGGUCUUCGUGGUCGCCACAGUAGCGCAGAUCGUCAUCAUCUUCAUCUCCAGCAGCACUAGAACUGCGCACCUGGUGAUGCCGCUGGUGACGGUGGUGAAGCUAGCGGUGACCAUCGCCUCGUACUCCGGGUAUCUGCAGGCGAUGGAGGUGUUUCCCACGUGCAUCCGCCAGACUGGGUGUUCCAUGGGCUCCCUGGUGUCUGGCCUGCUCGGCACUUUGGGGCCGUACAUCAUCUACCUGGGCGCGGUGACGCACGAGCGCUACACCUACGUCGUGAUGGCAGCACUGACGCUGUUCGGGGCGCUGGUCGCCACGCUCAUGCCCGAGACCCUGGGCCAGGAACUGCCCGAGACCCUGGAGGACGCCGCCAACUUCGGCAAGCACCAGGAGUACUGGAGGAUCCACCAGCGGCGGCCCGCCAGAGCGCCCGCCGCAGUGAACCUCAGGCCUCUCAUCGACAAGUGACCACCUCUCUCCGAGCCCCCGGGGGAAGAGAUCCUGCACCCCUCCUUCAUCAGUGCGCAGUUACAUGCAUCUGGAAAAAAAACAAUCUACUCUCUUUGCAAAAGAGAAUCGGUUCCAGAAUAAUGUGUUCAGAGAAUGUUUCUUCCAAUCAAGCGUGACUCCAGGGCAGAGUGGUGGGGGGCCAUAGCCCUUUCUGAGCCAGAUUUUUCUUUAAAUUCUAUUUUGUUUUGAGGGUAUAUUUAUGUUUACUUACAUACCUUAAUUCGUGUGUGAAACUCUUUCUAUCAAAAUUUGUAUGGUAUCAGGGGCGAAAAUCUGUACUAUUCCCAGGGAACCGAGGGGAGAGGGGUCACAGAAUUACGUUUACCAUUCCUGUUUCACAAUCACGAUUUUGCCAGGGGAAAUGGGUCCCCUCCGUGAAGGGCUUAUUAAUAUAUACUAGGAGGGAGGCUUCCCCUUCACACAUUCCCCCCCUCUUCGACCUUUCGGGGAUUUACGCACAUGAAUGUAACUACAUGUUUUAAAAUUCCGAGGCCGAUCUCUGACAUUUUAAAUGUCAUGUUUUGUAAAUUCCUCCUUUCGUUGUACAAUAGCCCCUCCCGAAGUCUUCCUGGAACCGCCGCUGCUUCCAGUUUGUCCAUGUCUUGAGGGCCUAACAGUCACAGAGACUUACAGAAGGAUACGGCACAAGGAAAGAGGGAAAGAAGAUAAAUUUAGCAUUUUGAGUGUAUCAGGCAGCCUUACAGUGUCCGGAGGCAAGGUCUGGCUUUAGUCAGGCUUAACAGUGUUUAGUUUGUAGCCUGGUUCUACAAUUCAGCUGUCCCUAUAGCCACGCAGUCUUGCUUGCUAGCCAGGGCAAAAUCGAAGCAACUUUUAAAGGAGGUUAUAAAAACUGUGAAACCAAAUGAACAGGCAGCGGCGGGUAAAAUAUAUAUGUCUUUAAGUGAAAGAGACUUGCUGACGGCCACCUAUAAACCCAGUUUCAGAAGUUAUGAGUUUUUGUAUUAAAAUAAGCAGUUGCUGGGUGUGACAAGGGGCUCAUGUUCUAAACAUCACACAUAAACUUUCCUUGUAACAACUUUACACUCUUUUUCUUAUAAUACAUUCCAUUUACUCUUUAUUAAAAGGCAAAAAAAAAUUGAUAUUCCCUUUGUCGCCCUACCGGUCCCUGCUACGAGGUUGCCGUCGCUGAGGGCGCCAACUAGCCUAAGUUUAGACCCUGUGUGCCAGUUCACAGGUAGAGCGGAGAUCCUCGGGGUCGUGACGUCACCACGUGGCUCGCAGGGAGCUGGAUCGGUAGAGGUGGUGGCCCGGUGCGGGCGGAGCUGCUCAGUUCCCGGCUGAACUGUUCACUUGCGAGGCGCGAGACACAACUUGCCUGGUCCAGGUCUGAAGCUCGACUGCCGCGUUCCGCAUCGCUGCGCGUCACCCGGAGCCCGCUUCCCGCAAAAACGUCCCAAGCGCAGCAGGACUCCUCGAGCCACGAACUACUCCCCCCACCCUAGUGAGGCGACGAGGGAACAUAACGACCUGUGCGAGCGAAGGGAGCACUUGGAACGACAUCACCUUCAUUAAAGGUUUUUUUUUUCCAUCGUGUAAAAUUUUGUGAAUUUCUCUUUGACAAUGAGUUGGUGUGUCACUGCACACUUGGCACGUUUCACCAAACAUGACCAUCAUGGUCUGUAAUGUCGCGGGGGCGUCCUGCAGCCCAAACGGCAUCGCGCAGAACUGAAAGUGUCGCCCAUCGGGUGCCGUGAACGCGGUCUUGAGGCGAUCCUUGGGGCUUACUGGGACUUGCCAGUACCCCGACUUCAGGUCAAGUGUCGAAAAGAUGUGGGCAUCUCCUAACCCCGUGAGGGCCUCUGAGAUGUUGAUGAGGAGUGGUGGUGCGGGGAUGGUGAGUUUAUUGAUUGGCUUGAAAUUAACACAGAAUCUAAGUGAGCCAUCUUUUUUGUCUGCCAUUACGAUCCUACAGUUGUAUGGGGACUCACUAGGCUCUAUGACGCCAUCGCACAACAUUUCUGCGAUUUAUUUCCUGAUGACAAGUAGUUCGCGGGGCCCAAAUCCGAAUGGUUUCUCGUACGGCGGGAUGUGAGGGAUAGUGGGGAUGCAAUGCUCUGUGACAUUGGUUCGGCGUAGUUGGUCUGCUGCGGAGAACACCUGGGGCUGCUGCUCCAGGACUGUCUCUAACAAUCUGUGGUACUCAGGGGGAACAUUGUGGCGGAGAUCAGCUAGGCGGGGGGGUUCGGCCCGGGAAGGGGGUGGGGUGUGCCUCAGCCCAUAUACAGUUCGGCGGCCCCUGGUCCCCACAUGUAUCCUCCCUGCGCGGACCUCAACAGUGGCGUCCUCUUGCACCAGCCAGGGUAGCCCCAGGAUGAGGUUAUCGUGAAGGUCCUGUACAACCAGGGCACUGGUGCAGCUCACAAUGUCUCUAAUGCCAAUCCUUACCUGGGCACGCCCAGUCGUUAGCGUGCUAGUCCCAGUAGUGGCCAGCUGGAUGGUGUUGACCUCCGGCACCAGGUCCCCCUCAGGAAUGAGGUGGGCCGCGACAUAACUGUGUGUGGCUGCAGUGUCCACUAGCACGGCUAUGGACUGCCCAUUCAGCUCCACUGGGAUCCGGAUCAGCUCCGCGGCCUCUGGCCCCAUUCGGCCCAGGCGGGUUUUGGCCCAACUUGGCCCUGCAGCUGCGGGCGGGGGCGGCGCCGAUGCCUGGUGGGCGGCGUCGCUCGCCAGCGACCUGGGGCGGGCCCCGAACGGAUGAGGCGGGCCGACCCCACUAGUGCUAGGGGGAUGAGACGGAGGCUGGACGACUGCUGAAGAUGCGGGCGGGGGUGACACCGAUGCCAACGCCCGAUGAGCGGCGUCGCUUCUUGGAGGGAGGCGUUGCUCCCCGAUGUCCUGGAACGUGGUGCGCUUGGUGGUCGUGGUGGCGCACGCAUGUGCGGGGCUGGACGAAGGGUAGGGGGGCGGUGGCCAUCGAUGUCAC